GUGUUCAAGGUUCAGUUACAAACAGUGCAUUCUGCGUGAUGGUCGGGCGAAGAUAAUCACACGAGAUAUACUUUUUUCCUUGAAAAUUAUUUCUCGACUGUGAUUCCGCCAGUUUGUUAUUCGUGUUGUUGUUGUUAUUUAUUUUGUUGACAAGGAAAUUGCAACGAAUCAAAACGGAAAAUGACUAGUGUGGCGACGACACCGUUGACGAGUGCCGGUCUUGAGAAUUUGAUGACGACAUUACUCGAACGUUUUGAGACGGCCCGUUUGGAGGAGGAAGCGGGAAAUGGCAACAAGAUGCGGGUACCUAUGCAGGCUGAAAUUCGAUCGCUAGAUUUCUGGCGUUCCAUUGUGGCCGAAUGCCUGGCUUCCUUUUUUCUCGUCUUCAUCAUCUGCGGCUCGUUCAUUCCAUGGUCGGGGCACACGCCACCCGCCAUCAGCAUCGCCUUGGCUUCCGGCUUCUCUGUGGCAGCACUCACCCUCUCCUUCGCCCAAAUAUCUGGAGCUCAUUUGAAUCCAGUUAUGUCAUUGGCUUUGCUGGUCACUCGCAAAAUAUCACCCAUGAAAGCUUUGCUCUACGUCACGUCACAAGGCGGUGGAGCUAUUGCAGGAGCCGCUCUUCUUUACGGAGUAACCAGUCCUGGACAUCAAGGAUACCUUGGAGCUACCAUCGUCUCUACCGGUUUAUCUGAUUGGCAAGCCCUGGGCAUUGAACUGUGCUUGACAUUUGUCAUCACGCUCGUCUAUUUGACAACGAUGGAUGAUCAUCGUCGCGGUUUGUCGGCCUCCAUUGGACCCGGCCCACUCACGCUCGGCCUCACUUACACGGCCUGUUCGUUUGUCGCUCUGCCAUCGACCGGAGCCUCGUUCAACCCUAUGAGAUCGCUUGGUCCGGCUUUCGUAAUGAAUAAAUGGGACGCGCAUUGGGUUUAUUGGCUGGGUCCCAUCGUGGGCGGCUGUCUGGCCGCCAUCCUGUACGAGUUCAUUUUCAACCCGUAUCGCAACUCGCAACGCCGUAAGGGAUCCAUUCCGGACGGUGAUGCGUCCAGCAUUCACAGUGACGAGGACAACUACGACGAUGUGAAAUCAACCGUGGCCAAUUACCAGAGUGCCCGCUCUCAGCAUUACGAUCAGUACCGACCGGCAAUUAGUCCAGGUGGCCCGUCCAAUCCGAUUUCUCCUAGCGGUGGUGGCGGUGGUGGCGCUGUGGGAAACAACUGGCGCAAUCAGCAGCGCAUGGAACGAGCCGAAUCGGUUUAUGGCGGUACGAAAUCACUUUACCAAUGCGGCAAGUCACCUGGCCCACCCAGCCGCUCGAGCAAUCUCAAUCGGUCGCAAUCCGUCUACGCUAAACCUCCAGCCGGACCGGCCGUUCAGCCGCCCAACGUUUACGCUUCGCGUGGAGCUCAACUGCAGUCGGCGCAGAGCACUUACCUUGCCGCUCGUAAUGUCGACCUCAUUCGCACGGAAAGCAUUUACGCCACUCGACAACCUCCGCAACAACCUCCUCCGGCAUCCGGUAAUAGCAGCAGAGCCGAAAGCGUUUACGGCAGUCGCCAUCCGCGUCACAUGGCCGACAUGACGGAUGUGGAUCGACCUGUACGAGACAAUUCUUUGUUGACGUCGUCCAUCGCAAGGGAACCUGUCUACGCCACACGAACUCAAAGUUCAGGUCACGAUCGUUCCAAACCGGAAUCGUACCAACUGGAGCCUAUUUACCAGACUAGACGUGAAGUUGUGCCUUCCGUGGCCACUGUCGAGCCCGCCCAGCGUGGUGAAAGCCUUUACGAUCGUAAAGUCCCUACUUACCGGCCGGAAGCGACUGUGGCUGCGUAUAACCGUCGCCCCAAUCAGGAGCAGAUGGAGACAUCCGGGACCAGCACUGGAGCGCCUAUUUCGCCCAGUGACACGUCCAAGGAUUCGGCUUAUGGAUCUGUUCAUGGCAAUUCGAUACAAAGUCCAUCCGAAUGGCCGGCGCAGGAGAAUAAUCAAAGCAAUUAUAACCAACAGCAGCAACAACAACACGUGCCACAUCUGCAACAUGCUUCCGCCUUCAGUCCUCAUCUCCCUAAUCCACCUAAUCAAGGACCUUACCAGAUGCAACAACAACAAGCUGGACACCACCAUCAUUACGCUCAGAAAUUCCGAGCGGAUUUGAUAUCGCCCAGUGGUCAACAACAACAUUCGCCCGGAUCGUUUCACUCACCGGUGCAAUAUUAAGAAAAGCUAAUACGGGUUUAAAAAAAAAAAAAUUUUAAACCCGAAAACAAAUUUUUCUUUCAUCCUUCCUUUAUGGUCGAAAAUGUAUCGUCUUCCGCCAUUUGUAAAUAACCAAGUCUUCAUAGUUAAUCUCUCCCUUCAUUUUCUUCGGAGAUAUUUCUUUUUGUAUUUCAUGUUUCGUGACGUGCUGUGUCUAGUUUUACUUAGCAGGCCGAUGUCUAUCAUUCGGCGUGACUAGAGAAGAGCCAAGGUCUGUAAACAUAUCUUGUCUUCCUUUUGUUUGUUUGUUUUUGUGAACAAUUAUUAUACUUUUUUUUUAAAUGUCUGUAUGUAUGUCUUUGUGUGACUGUAUUUUUCUUUUGAAUGGUUCCGAAUUCUUGUGCAUUUCGUUUUUUGAAUGUACCAUCUUCAUAUCCAAACAUUUCAUAUUUUUGCGCUUUUUAAUAUUCGUAUCAAUUUUUGGCUAAUCAAGUGCAGUAGAUUGUGUGGUCAAUGCUAGGACAUCCGCUGCCAGCGUCAAUCGAUCUGUUAUAUAAUUACAUGCACAACCAACAAUACAAAAAGGGAUCAAAUUGAAUAAAACGUUAAAAGAA